AUGCAAAGAAAUGCAAAGAAAUGCAAAGAAUUGCAAAGAAUUGCAAAGAAUUGCAAAGAAUUGCAAAGAAUUGCAAAGAAUUGCAAAGAAUUGCAAAGAAUUGCAAAGAAUUGCAAAGAAUUGCAAAGAAUUGCAAAGAAUUGCAAAGAAUUGCAAAGAAUUGCAAAGAAUUGCAAAGAAUUGCAAAGAAUUGCAAAGAAUUGCAAAGAAUUGCAAAGAAUUGCAAAGAAUUGCAAAGAAUUGCAAAGAAUUGCAAAGAAUUGCAAAGAAUUGCAAAGAAUUGCAAAGAAUUGCAAAGAAUUGCAAAGAAUUGCAAAGCAUUGCAAAGAAUUGCAAAGAAUUGCAAAGAAUUGCAAAGAAUUGCAAAGAAUUGCAAAGAAUUGCAAAGAAUUGCAAAGAAUUGCAAAGAAUUGCAAAGAAUUGCAAAGAAUUGCAAAGAAUUGCAAAGAAUUGCAAAGAAUUGCAAAGAAUUGCAAAGAAUUGCAAAGAAUUGCAAAGAAUUGCAAAGAAUUGCAAAGAAUUGCAAAGAAUUGCAAAGAAUUGCAAAGAAUUGCAAAGAAUUGCAAAGAAUUGCAAAGAAUUGCAAAGAAUUGCAAAGAAUUGCAAAGAAUUGCAAAGAAUUGCAAAGAAUUGCAAAGAAUUGCAAAGAAUUGCAAAGAAUUGCAAAGAAUUGCAAAGAAUUGCAAAGAAUUGCAAAGAAUUGCAAAGAAUUGCAAAGAAUUGCAAAGAAUUGCAAAGAAUUGCAAAGAAUUGCAAAGAAUUGCAAAGAAUUGCAAAGAAUUGCAAAGAAUUGCAAAGAAUUGCAAAGAAUUGCAAAGAAUUGCAAAGAAUUGCAAAGAAUUGCAAAGAAUUGCAAAGAAUUGCAAAGAAUUGCAAAGAAUUGCAAAGAAUUGCAAAGAAUUGCAAAGAAUUGCAAAGAAUUGCAAAGAAUUGCAAAGAAUUGCAAAGAAUUGCAAAGAAUUGCAAAGAAUUGCAAAGAAUUGCAAAGAAUUGCAAAGAAUUGCAAAGAAUUGCAAAGAAUUGCAAAGAAUUGCAAAGAAUUGCAAAGAAUUGCAAAGAAUUGCAAAGAAUUGCAAAGAAUUGCAAAGAAUUGCAAAGAAUUGCAAAGAAUUGCAAAGAAUUGCAAAGAAUUGCAAAGAAUUGCAAAGAAUUGCAAAGAAUUGCAAAGAAUUGCAAAGAAUUGCAAAGAAUUGCAAAGAAUUGCAAAGAAUUGCAAAGAAUUGCAAAGAAUUGCAAAGAAUUGCAAAGAAUUGCAAAGAAUUGCAAAGAAUUGCAAAUAAUUGCAAAGAAUUGCAAAGAAUUGCAAAGAAUUGCAAAGAAUUGCAAAGAAUUGCAAAGAAUUGCAAAGAAUUGCAAAGAAUUGCAAAGAAUUGCAAAGAAUUGCAAAGAAUUGCAAAGAAUUGCAAAGAAUUGCAAAGAAUUGCAAAGAAUUGCAAAGAAUUGCAAAGAAUUGCAAAGAAUUGCAAAGAAUUGCAAAGAAUUGCAAAGAAUUGCAAAGCAUUGCAAAGAAUUGCAAAGAAUUGCAAAGAAUUGCAAAGAAUUGCAAAGAAUUGCAAAGAAUUGCAAAGAAUUGCAAAGAAUUGCAAAGAAUUGCAAAGAAUUGCAAAGAAUUGCAAAGAAUUGCAAAGAAUUGCAAAGAAUUGCAAAGAAUUGCAAAGAAUUGCAAAGAAUUGCAAAGAAUUGCAAAAAAUUGCAAAGAAUUGCAAAGAAUUGCAAAGAAUUGCAAAGAAUUGCAAAGAAUUGCAAAGAAUUGCAAAGAAUUGCAAAGAAUUGCAAAGAAUUGCAAAGAAUUGCAAAGAAUUGCAAAGAAUUGCAAAGAAUUGCAAAGAAUUGCAAAGAAUUGCAAAGAAUUGCAAAGAAUUGCAAAGAAUUGCAAAGAAUUGCAAAGAAUUGCAAAGAAUUGCAAAGAAUUGCAAAGAAUUGCAAAGAAUUGCAAAGAAUUGCAAAGAAUUGCAAAGAAUUGCAAAGAAUUGCAAAGAAUUGCAAAGAAUUGCAAAGAAUUGCAAAGAAUUGCAAAGAAUUGCAAAGAAUUGCAAAGAAUUGCAAAGAAUUGCAAAGAAUUGCAAAGAAUUGCAAAGAAUUGCAAAGAAUUGCAAAGAAUUGCAAAGAAUUGCAAAGAAUUGCAAAGAAUUGCAAAGAAUUGCAAAGAAUUGCAAAGAAUUGCAAAGAAUUGCAAAGAAUUGCAAAGAAUUGCAAAGAAUUGCAAAGAAAUGCAAAGAAUUGCAAAGAAUUGCAAAGAAUUGCAAGGAAUUGCAAAGAAUUCUAAAGAAUUGCAAAUAA